UUCCUAACAAAAAUGUCCAAUAUUAAUGAACACCGGGAGCUAAAUAAUAAUAAUAAUAAUAAUACUGACACACCAACUACUACUACUGGUAGUGGUGGGGGUAGUGAUGUUCAACUAACUGAAGGCACAAUUAUAAGUAUUAACCGUUUGAUUAUGGAUUAUGGAUCACCAAUGGACGCACCGCCACCUUAUAGUCCCAUAAAUACUAAUAAUGUUGUUACUGGUGGUGGACAGGGAGCUAGUGGUGGUAGUGGCGGUGGUAUUGGUGAUGUUAAAUGUCAAGUGUGUUUCAAUUUGAUAUCUAUGCCAUCCAUAAGCAGCCGCCGUCGCCGCGAUUAUGAUGACUGCGACUAUCAACCCGUCAAUGACCGUACUGUUAGCUGUAACUACUGUAAUGAGGAAACGCCCAUCAAAGCACCGCCCGUCGGAAUGUGUUACUACCGGUGCCCACAGUGUCACUGUCUAUUGAAACACUCGGCCCGUGCCCUACGUAUACGAUGCACCCGUACUACGUGUAAACAAUGGCAUACCCUUAACAACAAUAGUGGUUAUCAGCCAAAAUCAGCAGCAGCAGCAGCACCUGUACCAUCAUCAUCAUCGACACCAACAUCAAGCAACUACUAUAGUACUAGACCUACCAGAUCAUCGGCCAGUGAUCUAAAUAGAUGGUUGGCUGAACCAUCAUCAUCAUCAUCAUCGGAACCGGUAUCUAAAACAUGCACCACAAAUAAAAAAUUCAUAUUAAUUAUAUUUAUUAUUAUCUGCAAAAUUUUAAUAAUUUGUUUUUGUUUUUUAACUUAAUCAUUGAU